CAUUUUGCGUCUGUAGUGUAGAACACACAGGGCAGUAGUUUCUCCUCCGGUGUUUUCAAGUUGCUUCGCCGGAGGAAACAUGAGCGGACGCCGCCUGGCAGCUGCGGACGCGCGGCCCCCGUGCCCCGUGUGACCCGGCGGACUCACCGGAGGGGAACUAUAUCCUGGAGGGUCUCUGGAAUAAAGUGGACGAGUGCCGAAGUCGCGCAACAAAGACGAGACGGGAUGCGAGAGAGGGGGCUCUGCAGAGGAGGCAAAUAGAAACUAGGCAGAGCGAGAGAGGAGCGCCAAGCAAGAGAUUCUCGGGAAUAAAUAAAUAAAAAGACUUGUUUGGAGGAAAGACAAGCUCGAUGAAAAGAUGAAGCCGAUUAAAAAGCAGGGCCGCCGCUCGCCUCCCUCUACCCGGGCCAAAGGGGGCAAGCGUCGCGGAGCGGGGGAGGCCCCAGAAGGAGGAGACAAGAGAGACUCAGAUGAGAACAGAGACAGAAGCAGAUCCCCACAAAACCAAACUCCCUCCUCUUGUUUCUCUUCUAACUCGCACUCAGAGUCCUCUCAGGCCGACCCAAUCAGAGAGCGGGACACUGCGGAGGGGGAGGGGCUUCACAGAGAGGGCCCGUCAGAGACGACGGCAUCGCUCGUCAUCGAUUCUGAGAAAUUGCUGACGCACUCGGACGAUAGAUCGGUGCGGUCGGCUGUGAGCGGCAGUAGCCACAGUGACAGUGGUGCUAGCAGUUGUAGUAACAGUAGUACACCGACCGCCAACAACAGCCCAAACCCCGCCUCCAGCAGGAAGACGGCCACCUUCAAGGCCCGUGUUCCCAAGAAGAAGUACACCUCUGAACACUGUUUGUCUACGACUGCUGGUAAUCAUAGCAACACUGCCUCCAGCACGCCUCCUCUUCUUCAUCUGAGCGGCGGCGUCCUUAACCACGGGUCCACGAGUUCAGGAAGUGACGCCGGCAUCGCGCACCACGAUGGCAUCGUUCAUAGCAGGAGCCUGCUGGACGACUUCCACAGCAGGACGACGGGAAGGGAGGGGCCUCUGGACAGCUCCCCAGGACCCCCCACUCUGUCGCUGGGAGUGGAGAGGCCUGCAGGAGGUGAAGGGGUGAGAGAAGCAGAGCGAGUGUCGCCCCCCCUGCCACGCUGCUCCUCAACAGACACUGCCAGCGAGCACUCGGCUGACCUUGAGGUGGCCGGCGACACACACGCCCUCGCACAGAUGUCUGCACACGCACCGUCCAGUCUCCCGGACGCUCUGUCAGACGCUCUGGCCAAAGGGCUGAAGAAUCAACGAGUCCUUGCUCGUCAGCUGAGGAGAAGAAGUGACGAGGAGGGAGGAGACGAAAGGAGUUAUGAAGGGGGGAGUUCAGAGUUGGUGUUCCGGGCUGGGGUGGUCCGUAAGGUCAGUGGUGAAUUUGGAAGCCUGGAAGUGCAACUGAAUGGGGAGAAGAUGAUGUGUCGUUAUCCGUAUCGGCAUGACAGCCCCCCAGGGGUGGUGGACAUUAUCCAAGAUGCCGCCCCGCCUGGUGUCCAUCCAAUACCUAUUGGUACUCGUGUGUGCGUACCGUUUGGCAAUGAGGAGGGCAGUGUAGGUCACUGGCAGUUGUACCGAGAAGGUGUGGUGACUCAGAUCGACACGCACCCUGCAGUGGCCAACCGAUACCGUGUCCUGCUGUCUGAGGGAAAACCUCACUCUGCGGAGGAGGAGGAAGAUGGCACAGUGGCAGCUGCUGCUACCCAGGCAGUGUGGGUCUCCCGGCAAACACUCCGUCUUCUGGUGCCGCCUUGGGACCUGGAUUUGCCAUCUGUAGGAGGAGGAGAGGAAGAAGACAGGGUCAGAGAAAAGGAAAGGGAACGAGAGGACAGGGAGGAGGUGGAUGUGGAGCAGGAAGUGUGCCGCUUGAGCCGGGGGAUGGCCCCAGGAGUGGGGCCAGUGCUGGGGAGAGGGAUUCCCUACCCAGGCAUGGUCCCUGUUUCCUCCACAUCAGGCCACGGUAUUGCCUCCCCAGUUACUCCAGUGUCAGUCCUCAGCCUGGCUCCUGGUCGAGAGUGGGAAAUUGAGAAUGACCUGGAGAGGGAGAGGGACCUCCAGAGAAAACAUGAAAGAGAGAUGGAGCGAGAGCGAGAAAGGGAGAAUGUUAAACAGCAGCAGCAGCAACAGCAGCAGCAGCAACAGCAGCAACAUCACCCAUACAUGCCACUUACCCCUGAAGAAGACAUGGAGGUGUCCCACUUCAACAUGGUCCCAAUGGGGGCAAUCAUAUCUGGAGCCAAAACAAUGGCAAUUCCUCAACAUCGCCACAUUGUUUCUAAGCCCCCGCCUGGCUACCUCAAUCCCCACCUGUCUGUGGUGCGGGGCAUCGGGAUCCCCUCCGCCCACCUAGCCUUGAACCCCCACCCUACUCCUUCACCUAUCCUGUUAGGCCUUGAUCCAGCAGCAGCAGGAGCUAUCAUUACCACCCCCCAGCUCCCUCCUCUUCCUCCCAUCUCCUCUUCCACGGCAUCCUCCUCCAGAGUAGAGAAAGCCUCAGGGGGUGGCUCUAACAGUGGAGCAGCAGGUGGUGGAUCUGGAUCAGGUUCGACUUCCUCCUCCUCUUCCCGUUCCCGCACCCCACUGACAGCUGCCCAGCAAAAGUACAAGAAGGGAGAUGUGGUGUGCACGCCAACAGGCAUCCGUAAGAAGUUCAAUGGAAAGCAGUGGAGGAGACUGUGCUCUCGGGAGGGCUGCUCUAAAGAGUCUCAACGCAGAGGAUACUGCUCCAGACACCUCUCAAUGAGAACCAAGGAGAUGGAGGCCAGUGGAGGUGGCCGGGAGAGGGGUGGAGCCAGCAGCACUGGGACUUUGACGCCAUCUGACCUCCGUCUUGGUGGUGGGAGAGCCAGCUCAGAGUUCGACUGGGACGAGACAUCACGGGAAAGCAGUGAGGCCAGCAGCCGUGGAGGAGACUCACGUCCCCGUCUAGUCCUUCCUUCAUUGCUUCCCCAGGACCUCUCUCGUUUCGACUUUGAUGAGUGCGAGGCAGCGAGCAUGCUGGUCUCCCUGGGGAGCUCCCGCUCAGGCACACCCUCGUACUCUCCCAUCUCCAACCAGUCGCCCUUCUCCCCUACCCCAUCACCCUCACCCUCUCCGCUCUUCGGCUUUCGUCCUGCCAAUUUCAGCCCCAUUACCGCCCCUUCCUCACUUACCCCACGCCGCCAUCGCCAGCUUAGUGGCACUAAGAUGGGCACACCGGGAGCUGAGCGAGAGCGGCACCUGUCGGGGAUCGUGCCCACGUUUCAGACCAACCUCACCUUUACAGUCCCCAUGAGCCCCAGCAAAAGAAAGCUCGACAGUCACCCGCCCCCUCCACUGCCUACAGUCCAAGACUACCAGACCAAACCUGAGCAUCAUCAGCUUGUGGGGAUAGCGGGAGGAAUGGUGGGAGAGCCACUCCUGGGCCUCAGCCCUGCCGCCUUCAGGGUCCUCUCCCCACUGAGUCAGCCGACAACUCCCUCCUCACUCUCCUUCCCCCGGUCCCGCAGUGCCACCAGCAGACCACCAUCCUCUGCCGCCUCCACCCCUCCGCCCAUGCUGGUCUCGCCCACUCCUCCCUCCCCACUGCCCCAGGAACCGUCACCACGCCGCAUUGUUCCCCUUCGUGAUUCCCCAGUCAUUGUCCGCAACCCUGAUGUCCCCUUGGCCAAGUUCUCUGACGGCCCGUUAGGAAGGAGAGAGAGAAGCACGUCAAGGGAGCUCAGCCAGCCCCAACACACAUCCCCCCCCGGCCUACAGGCGCCUGUUCCCAUCAACGGGGCCACCACCAACGGGGCCGUUCUCCUGCGCAGCCCCACACUCGUCCUGGUCACCUCCAGCUCGUCCCUGACUCCCGCCACAGUGGGCCACACGUCCCUCUCCAGCCCCUCCACCCCCGGUUCAAUGUCCACCUCAUCGGGCUCAGUCCUGUCGUCCUCCAGCUCUGGAGGCAGGGAGAGGGAGAGGAAACCCGAGGGACACCAGGACCCCUCUGGGGGGGCGCUGCCACAGCCGGUAGCCUGUCACCCCACUCCCACCGCCCUGCUGCCACUCAUACUGCCAGCUGAGUCGCCUCACCCGGCUCCACGCAAGCAAAUCAUCAUGGGACGCCCAGGGACUGUUUGGACCAACGUGGAGCCUCGGUCCGUGCCAGUGUUUCCCUGGCAUUCGCUCGUCCCUUUCCUGGAGCCCAGCCAAUCAGGAGCGGCCGCCCAGCCCGCCGACGGCCAACACCUUGUCAAUCAGAGCAAAGAGCCUCGUUGUGCCGUCGCCCUGGUGAGUGACGGAUGUGCCGGCCCUCCGGUCCUGGAGAGGGGAUCUCCGUCACGCCCUCCGCCGACCAAUGACAAUCCUCCUACAGACAGAGGCGGGGCUGACAGCGAGACAGAGAGUGACACCGAUGACCCGUUCUCCCCGGGUGUGGCCAACGAUGCAGCGCCCUCCUCUGGCCCCAUGAAGAGACGCACACAGUCCCUCAGCGCCCUGCCCAGGGACGCAGACAGGAAGAGGGAGAAGGACCACAUCCGCCGCCCCAUGAACGCCUUCAUGAUCUUCAGUAAACGCCACCGGGCCCUGGUGCACCAGCGACAUCCCAACCAGGACAACCGGACGGUCAGCAAGAUCCUGGGGGAGUGGUGGUACGCGCUGGGGCCCAACGAGAAGCAGCAGUACCACGACCUGGCCUUCCAGGUGAAGGAGGCCCACUUCAGAGCUCAUCCUGACUGGAAGUGGUGCAACAAGGACCGCAGGAAGUCCCUGUCCGAGGUCCGCGGGGCCCUGAAGGAGCCGCGGGAGAGGAGCAUGUCCGAGAGCAUAGAUCCGCUCUCCGAGUCCCAGACGGUGGAGGGGAAGGGAGCAGGCCCGGGCUGCCCGGGGGGGUCGGAGCGUCGAGGGGGGCUGUUCGCGGGGCAACCGCCCCGUCCCAGGGCCCUUUCCCAGAGUGCCGUGCACACCCUGGAGCAGAGCGAGGGAGACCUGGAGAAGGAGGACGGAGCGAGUUUGUUUCACGGCCGACGCCCACCUCCGUCCCUGUACCACAGCAGAGUCAGCGAGGACAUGACCAGCGAUGACGAGCGCAUGGUCAUCUGCGAGGAAGAGGGGGAUGAUGAUGUCAUGGAGGAUUCGUGUGCCGAAGGCUCCAUCGACCUGAAGUGUAAAGAGAGAGUAACAGACAGCGACGAGGACGAGCCAGACGGACAGCAUGGCUUCCAGCCAGUGUCCCGCUCCUCUCUCCCCUCCUCCUCUCCCUCCAUCCCUCCUGCCGACUCCUCCUCAUCCAAAGGGAGCGGAGCAGGAGGCGCUGACGAUGGGUCUGAAAGGAAGCGAAAAGGAGGCCCAGACGGAGGAGAGGAGGGGAGCGAGGGAGGAACCAAGCGAGAGGAAACGGCAGCCGGUGGAGGAGAGGGAGGUGGAGCCUCCUCUCUGUCCAUCACACUCUCUACCCCCAGCAUCCAACCUCCCGUCACUGUGGCCCAGCAGGGGGUGACCCAGGUCUUUGGAACCGUCCGCAUUGCUCCCACUGUGGUGACCAACGUGGUACGACCCAUAACCAGCACGCCCAUCCCCAUCGCCAGCAAGCCAAUGGAAGGAGCCAUCUCCCUCAGUGCCCUCCCCCAAGACAAGAAAGCCACUCUCCUUAUCGGAGGAGGCGGACCUCAGCAGCUGCCAAUCACAGCAGGGGGUGGGUACCUGUCCUCAUCCUCCCCUCCUGGUCCCGUCAGUGUAACGCCUGUAGGGGGCAGCAGCCUGAUCACUAGCAUAGUUCUGGGAGGGUCAUUUCCUGCUGCCCAUCCAGUGCAGGUGGUCACCCCACAACCCACCGCUGCGUUCUCCUCCCUCACGCAUCCCUCUGGCUCCAAGCCGCUAACGCAGGUCCAGUUCAUCCUGCCCACCGAGAACCCUUCCUCCCCUCAACGCACCCAGCAGCAAAUCCUCUCCCUGUCCACCAAUGGCGCCCUGGCCAAUGGCGUGCUCUCAGGGGCGGGAGUCAGAGUCAGCCCCGGGAUCAGAGUCCAAACUCAGUCACCGGGCCUGCAGAGCAAGAUGCUGGUUCCCAUGGAAACAGGGAGAAGAGGGUCUACUCCUCCUCAUCCUCCCUCCGUCUCCCUGGUGGCUCCGCCCCUUCCUGUGCAGAACGGCUCCGCGACAGGAAACAAGAUCAUCCAAAUUGCUCCCAUGCCGGUGGUCCAGACCAACGUUCACCCCAGUGGUGCAGCAGCAGUGCAUCCUGGGAACACCUUUCCUGUAACGGUUGCAUCGGUGGUGGCUCCUGGUGCGGUGUCCCCACAGACCGUCCUCCUGACCUCCCCCCCCACCAGGAUCACCUAUGUCCAGUCUGGCCAAGGAGUCACCACAGCGACGCCCCAACAGGCCACGCCCCCUCCAGGCCCUGCGUACCUGCCGUCACCUUUAGCGACUCUGGGCUUCGCCGCCAUCGCCCCCGGCGGCCAAACCCUGGCUCAGCCAAUCGUUGGUCCGCCGCCUCUGCUGGCUCCAGCCCCGCCCCUGAACUGUCAGCCACAGAUCCCCCCCGACCCGACCACGGCAGCCGCUGGUCGUCAGGUGCUCACUGCCAUCUACCCUGCACCACCUGUCCCACUGGCUGCCGGUGUGGUCUCUGUGGCCGCUGUGCUGCCAACACUGGGAGCGUCCGCCGCCCAGGAUGACCCGAAGCCUGCCUCUCCAUCGGCAACAGGGGGGCAGGGCUCUGCGUCGGCCACCCCUCAGCCGAGCGUGGGGGUGGAGGUGGAGCUGAAGGUGGAGGUGAAGAGGGAGAGUCCGCUGGAUCCUCAGAUGGAGGAGGGAGGGCAGGCGAUGUCAGUGGCCUCCUGUAUGAGCCGUGAAGUAACAGUGAAAAAAGAGGAGGACAUCGAGGGUCUCUACAUCAAAGAGGAACUAGUGAGAGAAGACAGACGAGGCGACGAGGAGGAGGAGCACGAGAGAGGGAUGAAGGAGAGCAGUGAACAGAGGAGAGGCCAUGAGACAGACAGGGAGGACCACUGCAUGGGCAACAGCAGCAAAGAGGUCGGGCCUCGUUCUCCUCCUCCACUUUCCUCAGGUCUGGACCCCCCUCCCCCUCCAGCUGCAGAACGAGAGCCCCCCUCCUCCUCUAAGAAGACCAAGUUCCGACCCCCGCCACUCAAGAAGACACCCGACUCUCUGGAGAAGGUCUUGUCGGAGACGUACUUCGAGGAGCGAUUCGCUGAACUUCCAGAGUUUAAUCCAGAGGAGGUCCUUCCCUCGCCCACCCUGCAGAGCCUGGCCACCUCGCCCAGAGCCAUCCUGGGAAGCUACCGCAGGAAGAGACGCAACUCCACCGAUCUGGAGCCGGCAGCAGAGGAACCCUGCUCCCCGCGGAGGAAGACUCGCCGUCUGUCCAGCUGCAGCUCGGAGCCCAACACGCCGAAGAGCGCCGCCAAGUGUGAGGGAGAGAUCUUCACCUUCGACAGAGCAGGCCCAGAGGGAGAGGAUCUGUUAGGAGACUUUGAGCGGGUUCCGUACUCGUCUCUGCGCAGAACUCUGGAUCAGCGGCGGGCUCUGGUCAUGCAGCUGUUUAAGGAACAUGGCUUCUUUCCAUCAGCUCAGGCUACCGCCGCCUUCCAGGCGCGCUACUCAGACACGUUCCCCACCAAGGUGUGUCUGCAGCUGAAGAUCCGUGAGGUCCGUCAGAAGAUCAUGCAGACGGCCACGCCCGGGACCUUCGAGCUCGGAGGGUCGGCCGACGUCUACCCCGCCCCGUCCCACAGCUCCUCUUUCAAUCAAUCAGCCCGGGAGGAGGGAGGGGCGGAGCAGCAGGGAGACAGAAGCCGGAGCCCCGAGGAGCCGCAGAGCGAAGGAUCAUAAGCUGGAGAGGAUGACAAAGAGGAAGAAUCAAGGAAGAGAAGAAGAGGAGAGAGAGAGAAGUGUGUCAUCCCCACAGAAUGUUGUUGGAAGUGUUGAACCAGUACUAAGGAGGACUCCAGCAGGACCUGUUCUACUGGCACUAAUCUCCACCAGACCUGGGCAGAAGGACAUUUGAAUAUGGUCUCAAAGAUUCAAACUCCUCAAUGUGCGCUUGAUGUGACUAAUCAGACAAAACAAGCCUCAAGAAACGGGCGAGUCGACUUCUUCUCGUUGAGAGUUUUUCCCCCGAAGUAUCCCGAGUAUUUUCAGUUAACACUUUUGCCCAGGUCUGAUCUCUGCACAUUUGUACAGUAGUUUGACACAAACUCUGUGGUACACACUCUCUAUCUCUCUGGCACACACAAACCCUGAUAAUCUCCAGCAUACACACACACACACACACACACCCACACACACACAUACACCCUUACCAAAUCAGACUGUUACUCUUGGUCAGCGAUCCCCAGGAGCCGCCACCAAGGACCAUGACACACAAAGGCACUUUGUCAUUUAUCGUGCAGAUGCAGUUUGCUGUUGCCAGCCAGCCAGCCAGCCCUCAGAUGCCAUUGACUCAACCUCCUUCUCGCCCUUCCACUCCUCAGCACAGUGGUCGGGACGCAAACACAACCCCACUGACCUCCACUGGUAUUCCACAGCCCCUCGAUGCUGCAGGACAGACAGCGCACACGUACACACACAGCACACACACGUACUCGCACACACACACACACACACACACACGGACACGGACACAUCUGUGCAGCGUAAGCACUCGUACACACAGACAUAGUCAACCCUGGUCUGACCAAGCCAUCGGCCUGCACAGUUUUUAGUGAUUGUAGUGAGAAGAGAAACUGAAAGCAUGACAUCUGUUCGCUCCUGUAAAACAAAGAGAAGGCAGGAGCCUGGAUGUAGUGUGACCAAUCUUUGCACCUUCAGUUAUUGCCAUUUUGAAAGACUGAGUCCUCAUUGGCGGGAGCUGAUUAUUAUAUGUCUGUAUAUCUGUCGGGGGUCCCCUCCCCAUAAAAACCAUAAAGAGAUUAUGUAAAGAGACUAUUGGUUGUGAGGCUUUGAAGAUUCAACGUUAAGUUCGACACUGACCGGCUCCGGACCGAGUCCCGAGGAAACGCAGAGGAAGAAGAAAACUGGAUGACGUUCAUCGGACGAAAGAUUCCAGCAGUAGGAAGACAGAUACUAGUAAUAAUAGUUAAUAAGGACAACAACAACAACAACAACAACAACAAGACAAGCGUACCAACAGAGAGAGAAAGAAGAAUUUGAACCAAACUUCUCUGAAUCUCCACGUGGAUAAUAUGAUGUUGCUUUCUCUCGUUAUUGUUGCUGUGGAAAUAACCAGUUUUACCGUGGCCUGUUUUUCUCUCGUGGCUCUUUUGUGUUUCUUCUCCAGCAUAAAAGAAAAUCGUACAAAAAAAAGAAACUCUGGACAAAGAAGGGGACAGAAUCAGUGUGUGGGCCCUCGACUUUUAAUCGUACCUGGGGUGGUUCUCCCCCCCCAUCCCCUCCUCCCCCCCUGCCCCACAAUUUCCCACCAGACAUAGAAGUGGGGGGAGCAGGGGGCGUUUGUCGUUUUGUAAAACGUUGAAAUCAGGUGUUUGCACAAUUUGUGCGGCCCUCAUCGUCUGGGACCGCCGUAAGUUAAAUCAGGAAAGUAUUGUUUUUAGAGAUUGUUUUAGUAGAAAAAAAAUAAUAACCUUGUUCCGUAUGUUAUCAACCACCUUUCUCCACCCCCCCGUCCCUCAGUCCACUCCUCUGACCCCCCCCCGUGUCCCUCAACCCCCUCAAGUGUUGGUAGAAAGUGCCCUUAAGCACUGGUCCCGGGUCAAGCGCUAUGUAGCUCAGGAUGGUUCUGGUUAGGGUUAGUUCAGGGAAAGCAGAUCCUAGACCAGCCCUGGAGGGCAGUCUCUGGAGCCCUCCCCUCUUCCCCCUCUUCUCGACACUUUAUCCUUUCCCAUCAAAUGGUGCAAUAGGACAUUUUAUUUUUUUCAUGGAAAUGGGUGGGUUACUCUGUCUUUUGGGGGGGGGGGGGAGGCUCUGUGCCAUAGAUAUUAAAUCCAGUGCAGUCAGUCAGUGAGAGGAAUGAGCUGUUGUGAUACUAUCUUUAACUAUGGUAUAAAAGAAAACAAAAAAGAAUCACACGAUUAUUGUUAUUGUUGAAGAGAUAGAGAGUAUAACUUACUAAAAGUCAAAGACAAUUUUUUGAAUAGCACUUUUUGGCUCUUUGCUUCCUCAGUGAAGAGUGGGGGUAGUUAUUAUAAUGGGUAUCUCUUUUAUUUCUCUGUAUACAGUUGGAUGUGUGAAAAAAAUAUAUAUACCGGUAUUUCUAUAUAUGUGCAUUUAGGUCUGUGUUUGGGUGUGUGUGUAUGUUUUGGCACAUGCAGGUAGCGUGUUAACACAACCAACCUUUUUUCGUUCACCACACAGCAACAUUAUCAAUAGUAUAUUUUUCAUUGUAUUCUACAUUCUAUAUUCUACUCUAGAGACAGUAUUUUUAUAGUCACCACGACUAUUUUGUCCGUCAUCUUGACUGUUAUCAAACCCAGUUGAUUCAGGAUAUAUAUGAAAUAUAUAUUCAGGAUAUAAAAUAUAUAAAUAUAUAUAUAUAAACAAAAUACAGGUAAUAGAAGACUAUCAACUCACAUCUCUUUGGAGUUAGGGCUGUAAAGUGUCCAUCUGCAUGCAUGUGCAAUUACAUGCACGCGCGCACGCACCCACACAGACAUAUGUGCAUACACACACAUGUAUGCGUGUACAAUGUAUGAUUGUGCUUAAAAAUAAACUGUCCUUACUUUGGAGAAGGAAUUUUAGGAUGAGCGAGGUGAGUGUUAUCUCAUAAGCAGGCAUGUUGACCAUGUGCAAUAUUUCUAAACAACAAAAAAAACUAAAUAUUGAAAAUAUUAAAGAUCUAACACAA